UUUGUACUCCUGAUAAACAGAGAACAUUCUACGAAGAGCAAAUAAGUCUAUAAAUAAAUCUCCAAUUUGCAUAUUUUCAAAAUAGUCGCUUGUUUUAGUUCCAGCUACUGACAACAUGCUUGCAUUCAUAUUUUACUUGAGCCUGUUCUUCCCUGCAACAGUCCUCAGCAGGGAUUAUUUCACUGCUGCUGUGUUUGAACAUCGGUUACAAAAGAGGGAUAUAGCUGGCAAAGAGCCCAUGGAAAUUAAAACAGCUAAUCUUCAAUAUUUUGGAAAAGCAGUGGAGCAUGCCGCAGAGAAAGGAGCAGAUAUAAUACUCUUUAAUGAGUAUGGUACAUAUAUGGUCAAAUCAAGAAAAUUACUGAAGAAUUUUGCCGAAUAUGUUCCAGACCCUAAAGUGCAAAAAUUCAAUCCUUGUAUUGAAAAUGCAAAAGACAGAACUAUUCUCUAUACAGUCAGCUGUUUCGCACGUGAAAAUAAUAUCUACAUUGUAGUCAACUUAGUGGGUUAUGAGCCCUGCGAAGCAACUUGUGAUGCUGCUGAUAUUGAAGAUUGUGAAACUAAGUGCCCUGAUAACGGUGUGUUCUUUUUCAACACAAAUGCUGCUUUCGACAGAGAAGGAAAUCUUAUAGCCCGAUACCGCAAGGUGCAUCCAUACUUUAGAGAAGUUGUGAAUGCACAGGAAGAACCUGAUUUUGCAGUAUUCGAUACCGAAUUUGGAAAAUUUGGUAUGAUUGUUUGCUUUGAUUUAAUUUUCGAAGAAGCAGUUCUUUUGAAAGAUGAAUACAAUAUUGAUACCUUGCUAUUCCCUACUUAUUGGUUUGAUGAUAUUGUUCCUUUAAAUGCCGUUGAAUUCCAACAAUCAUGGGCAAUUGCUAAUGGUGUCAAUUUAUUAAGUGCUAACACUCAUGCACCUGGCACAGGUUCCAUGGGAAGCGGUAUAUUCUCGAAAGAUGAUGGUGCCUUAGUUUACACGUAUGAACCAAAUGGUAAAUCUAAAUUAUUACUGGCUAAUGUUAGGAUCAAGGGAAAUUCUGAGAUUCCAAACAUUAGCUCUAUAAUAGAGAUAACUCCAGAUAGCGCUGUUCCUAUUACUGAAACAGGAGAGAAAUUCCCAGUACAUUGUUACGACAAAGUGGUUGGAGAAGCCGUUAAUCUUGAGAUAGACUACAGAUGCUUAAAGUUGAAACUUGAAAAAUACUCUUUAACUAAACUUGAAAAACCAUCUGGAGAAGUUCAAUCUUGUUACAAAGAGUUUUGCUGCACACUUUCUUACUCUACACAAAACCUACAAGAUGAAUAUUAUUUAGCUGUGUACAAUGGAUUUAACGAUGCAUUCGAUUAUUUUCACUGGUGGGAAGAAGUAUGUGUCUUAACUAGAUGUGAUCCAUAUGACGGGAAACCAUGUGUUUUGGAAUCUCCCAGAUCAAACACUGUUUUUGAAAAAGUUGAACUCAAAGGGAACUUUAAAUCUAAGAAAAUUUACCCUUCGGUUUCUACAACUAAUAAUCGUCUUGCGCCUAAACAAGAUUGGACUGUUAAACAACUUGAAACUGAAACUGUUCUAAAAUAUCAACCUAGUUCCGAUUUACCACUACUAAAGGUUGCAUUGCUAGGACGAAGGUAUGAAGAAGAUCCAGAGUUUGUGCCGUACUAUCCAACGCAAUUUAAGAAAGACAAUCGCGACUAAGAGCAUUUUAUUCAAUAGGUUAACAAGUUUAAAAAUUAUGAAUUACGAUCAAAUUUAGUAAAUUUAAUAAAUAUCUUUGUAUUUAAAAAACAUUUUUCAAUCUAAAUUCGAAAUUUUGUUUUAAAGCUGUGUUGAUUGUAAGUUUUAGUUUCAAUUCAAAGUUCCUUUAUUAUUCCAGGUUUUCGGUUAUUUAUAUAUUACGAAAUUGUUACGAAGACAUUUUUAUAUAAAUAAAGAAUAUAUUUAUUUUUUUUAUCUAUUUUUAUCUUCCUCUAAUAUUUUUUUAAUUUAAUUUUUUUUUCAUCAAGUCACCUAUAUUUAAAAUAUAUGUACUAUGUUUCAACUCAGAAUUUUAGUCCAA